AUGUCGUUGUGGCCCUUCCGCACUGGCAAUGACGACCGCUUUCAAGUCACCAGCGCGGAGGAGACGAUUUAUGACGCCAUCAAAGGGGAGAUGCCGCCGCACCGCUACGAAACAGAGGUGAGUAGCUACUUGGAGUGGCGCUGGCGCCGCGGACUGCUGCAAAGCGUCUUCCCUGUGACGUGCUACAGCGCGGUGUUGGGCUGUGUGAUAGGUUUUCGGCAGGCACGCACGGAGGGACGCCAUAUUGGCCGCUACAAAGUGUUGUGGCGUUACAGCUCCACAUUUGCGGCGAUGGGUUUACUGACAACAGCGUUCCACCAUCUGUUGGUGGUGCGCAAUAAUUAUCACGACCGGUUGUACUAUCCUAUGCUUGCAGGAGCGUCAGGGGCAGUCCUGCUGACAAUGGCGUCACAGAUGGGGACCCUUGGACAGGGCAUGUUCGCUGGCUCGCUCGUUGGGGUGAUGUACACACUAGGCUGCUACGGCAUGACGUACUACCACAAGCGGCGUCUAAAGAUAUUUCUGCAGCAGCAGCAGGUGCAACAGGUGCCAGUUCACAAAGUAUCACCAGAGCUGCAGCGCAUGUACCGGGCUUACCUCUAUGACAACAGGCCGCUGGAGGAAAAGGACUAUCUCAGACGGCAGGCUGUUGUUCUUUCGCUGGGUGCCGAAGAUGCACGGCUGGACGCAAAGACUAUCCUGCACAACAUGACACCUGAGGUGUUUGACUGGGUUAACUUCCCCGAUUGGUGGCCGUUGAAGUUCCCACAGCAGACGGAGGAAGAGCGGAUGAUUCUUGAGCGGCAGCGAGACGAAGAGGUAGAGCGGCGAAAGCAGCUCUUUUUGGAGACGGAUGAUGGGGCCUUAUUGAAGCGUGUCUACAGAGCGAAACAGUACCGCGAUGAGUAG